CCCGGCCAUGCCUCCCUCCAGCGCGCCCCGCUGCUCUGCGCCAGGCGCCGCCGGCACUGCGGCGGCAGGCGGCGGCUCCUCCUCGGUCCCCGCGGGCGGGACGGGACCCCGGCGGCGGCGGCGAGGGCUCUGCCCGGGGCGGAGGGCUCUGCCCGGGGGCGGCGCGUGGGGAGCCCGCAGCCUGGCUCUGCGCCCCGUCUGCUGGGGGCAGGCUCGUGCGGACAGCGCAGGGCCUGACGCCGUGCUCGCUUCCUAUGCACCACGCAGCGCUCGGCGGGGUACUGGGAAAUGUGACUGCUUACGCUCUUGCACAAUACGGUGUCUCGAUCUUGGAGAAAGUUUUACACCGGCUUCCUGUAAAUCCUGCUGCUGGCACUGUAAAUGUUUUCUCUCAAUUACAGGAAAAAGCGCUACUUGGGCUGUGCCUGGUGAUUUCCUACUUUAUGGCAUCCCUUUCUAAUCUUGGAGGGGCAGAGCUUGCAAUCCCACGUUAAGAGAAAUUCCUGUUCAGCAACUGUGGCUAUCACAGAAUUAUUUGGGAUCAAAGAAUACAGAAUAUGCUCAACAGGGCAAAAAACUUGCUUGGAAAGUAGUGACUUGGAAGCAUGUAAGGAUCCUUAUAGAUGACUGCCUCAACUGUUGGGAAAAAGGGCUAAUGUUGUCCUUUGAUAUAUGUCAAAUAUAUAUAACCAGAGGCAUAGCAGUAUUUCCUGCAGCUAGCUACUGAAAAGGAAAUGUUCUACUAUUUGAUUUGGAUGCUUGUCCUGCUCUCCAGCAGCUCUGCAACAGAUGAAAACUCUGUCAGAGAUGCUGACAUUUUCCCUUCAUCUCCUGAAAUUGAAAGAGGAUCCACCCUGAAACUAUUUUGUGUACUUGGAAAACACUACAUGCCUCACAGAAAUGCAAGCCACAUCAUCUGGAAAUUGAAUCAUGAACUGAUUGCUCAGGAAAACUAUAAUGUUGUCAACGAGACUGUAUCUAGCGUAACCAUCCAUAAUUUCACUUACAACAAAGCACAUGUGAAAUGUUUCAUUAAGUAUCUAGGCAAAGAACAACUUUUGGUUCACACUGAAGUUAAAUCUGGCUUUCCGCCGGACACACCAGGAAAUAUUUCCUGCAUUUAUUACUUCAAUGUUGAACUUGCUUGUAGCUGGACUUCAGGAAGACAAACGAAUCUUACAACAAACUAUACUCUUUAUAGAAAAAUGAUGAGAGAACAAGGUGUGACUAUUCCAAAUAUGGUUGGCUCCAGCUGCCAAAGCAAAACUGAGUCAUGUUCAUUUUAUUACCCAAAUACCCCAUAUAGCAGUUCUUUUUGUUUUCAGGUGAAAGCUGAAAAUGUUUUGGGUGAAGCAUCAUCAGAUUGUGUUCCUAUAGCUUUGGAAAAAAUAGAGAAAUUUAAAUUUCCGCCUGAAAUACUUUCAGUAAAAAAAAUUGCUGGUGUAAAGCAGUUGCUCGCAGUAACCUGGAAAAAACCUGAGAAGAUUAUACCUUCUCAAGACUUAAACUGCCGGGUUCGAUACAGGAACUUGUAUUCGAACUCUUCGGAAACUGUUCCUGUCACCCUGACUUCUGGAGAGAAAAUAGCAUCACUUAAUCUCACAGGUCUGUGGGAUUCCACAGAGUAUGCAGUUGCCAUUCAGUGUAUCAGUGUUGAAUCAAAAUUCUGGAGUGAAUGGAGUAGAGAGAAAAUGGCAAGCACAGAAGAGAAAGCUCCCUCAGAAAAAGUGGAUUUGUGGAGGGUAAUUGAAUCUUCAUGCUCAGCUGGAAAUAGAUCUGUACAUCUUAUGUGGAAGCUAUUAAAUCACUUUCCACCACCUGGGAGAAUUCUAGGCUACAGAAUACAGUAUUUUCCAGAAAACAAUGCUUCUCUUAAGAUGAUGAACAUCACUACUAAUAAGAAAAUUACUUUACUUUUAAAUGAUGAGGCGUAUAUAAUAUCUGUUAUUGCCUAUAAUUCUGCUGGAGAUUCUCCUGAAGCUACUUUGAGGAUUCCAUCUACUGAUGAAAAAACUGCUCAGAUUAUUGAGGCAGCGAGGACCUUUACAGCAAAUGAAGAAGUGGUUGUGGAAUGGAUGGCCUCCAGAUCAGAAGUAACCAGAUAUGUUGUUGAGUGGUAUGAGGACCUGGAGAUGGAUCCUUUUUGUAGAUCAUGGCUAUAUAUAUCAAAUUCUACAAACUGGAGAACUAACAAGAAAACCUUUAAACCAUUUAUAUGCUAUAACAUCUCAGUGUAUCCUCUCUAUGGAAAUAAAGUAGGAGCUCCAUAUUCCAUGCAAACUUAUGUUCAAGAAAAAAAACCAUCAGAAGGACCUGUGGCUGACACAGGCAUUCCAGGCAAAAAUGAAAUUACAAUUAAAUGGAAGGAAAUUUCAAAGGAUAAACGAAAUGGCUUUAUCAGUAACUAUACAAUAUUUUAUAAACCUGAAGGUGGAAAAGAAUUGAAUGAAACGGUGAACCCUGAUGUUCUGCAAUACAGACUGAAGUCCUUACAAGCGAAUACCCAAUAUACAGUUCAUAUCAUGGCAACCAAUGAAGCUGGCGGAACCAUGGGAGAACCAAAAACCUUCAAGACUUUGAAAUUCAAUGAAGACGACAUUAUUUUCAUUGCUGUACUAGUUGGAUUAAGUAUGUUGGUUUUGUUAGUCCUUUGGAUAACAUGUAUUCUUAAAAAGCAUGUGUUGAAAAAAGUUUGUUGGCCUGACGUACCUAAUCCUGCAGAGAGCAUUGCAGUAGAAUGGCCUCUUGAUGCAUCUAUGAAUAAUUCAUUCCUGAAGGAAGUAAUGUCUGAGGAUAAAACCAUAGGUGGCUUGGAAGAUGUAAGUGUUUUGGAACCCUGUUUUCCUGAAGAACAUGAAGACUCACUACUAAUGAAUCGUGAAAACCAUGUUUCAGAAUAUACUGAUACUAAUACAAAAGACAUGAUUAAUGGAGAUAAAACGAUACCAUAUAAUGAAGAACAUGAAGCUGCCAAGCAUCUUUCACCAUCCAUGCCUUAUACAAUUUCUGACCAAGAUUUCAGAAGUCAAGUGCUUUCAAAUUUGAUACCAGCCAAGCAAAUUCAACCCAUAGAAAUGCUGGAAGAUGAUUUACAUGAAUCCCAACAUACUUCACAUCAAAAUGAAGAAAAUAAGGAAGAAGCUUUAAACCUCUCAGAUCUCAAUGAAAAAGCAGUGUUCAAUCCAUACCUUAAAAAUUCUGUUAAUACAAGGGAAUUUCUCGUUUCUGAGAACUUGCCAGAACACAGUAAGAAUGAACCCAAAAGCCAGUCAACUGCCAUAUCUCCUUUUCAACAAAAUGUUGUAGGACAAUCCUAUGUAACACUGGACGUGGUUAGGCUGGCCACAGCUCAUUAGCAUGAGAAACCUUUCUCCCCUUGUGAGAUUUAUCCUGGCAGUGCUGCCUUUUCCAUAUUCAUGUGUUCUAACCUGGAUGAUCUCUGUUACUCUGGGUGAAAUUACCCCAUUCUUUUGAAAGGCUGUGAAGUAACUAAUGCACUGCAUUUAUACCUGUGAAAGUUCACUUCAACUGUUGUUUCUUUUACCUGUUAGAUGUAUAAGAAAUGAUGCAGAGGAGUCAGCUUUUUUAUUUCUUCUUAGUUCUCCCAUAUUAGUUUAUUAAAACAAGCUGAUCUUUCCUGUGAGAACAUCCAGCAGUGCAAGUAGCUCACCAAUUUCCCUCCAGGUGACUGGUAGCUGAGCACUGUUGGGGCACAAUGUACUUAUCUGAGCAGAGCCAGGGUCUGCCAAAUCCUUCCUUGAAGUUAAAUGAAGUAGAACUACUUUCCUACUCUUCUUUCCUCCAAUUGUUUGAUUUUGGAUUUUCUGUAGUGUUCCUCCUAUUUGGCAAGUAAUUAGUAGAUUGCAGUCAUCAUCUUGUUGUAUCCUGGCUCCUGAGUUAACAGUUGGCUCAAGUUUUCCUAUCUUUUGUUGAGAAGAUAUUUGUCAUGUAUAUGUUAUUGACUUAUCUACAUUUUCAAAAAGGUAGGCUUCUGCUGGCUUUCUUGCUUCCUUCCCCUCAUCUCUUGUUUUUAAAUCUGUAUUUUGUGCGGAUUUUCAUGUCUCCUCUUCAUUUUCUACUUACAGCUGUUUACUGCAGGAUAUCUUAUCUUAGUGUUUCUUCGCCUCUAAUUUAUUCUAGCUUCAGACUGUUUUUCCCAGUUGAGGUUUUGGUAUUUUUAACUGGGGAAAAAAAAAUCAGCUAAAUAUAGCAUCUUAUGCUGGGAUAAGCACUGAAUUUAUAUUUAGGGAAGUCUUUCUCCUUUAAGUAUUGAAAAAACACUACAAAACAUCUGCAAAAUAUCCAAAGAUGUCCUCUAACUGAUUUAGAACUAGAGGUUUCUACAGGAAGGCUGUAAGUUCUGAGUCAUAAAACUACUUGCAGUUUGUUCUAUGCAGCAAAUGAACAUGUUAAUUAAGCAGGAAACUCUCAGUCUGAUUUUUUUCAGCAGAAAAGAGGCUAUUACUGUAAAAUUAUCACCAAAAAUAUUUAUUAUAUUGAAUGACAGAUUAAAAAGAGAUGUAUUCAACUCUGAAUAAAAAAAUGUUAAAAUGGUGCAUUAGGUGUGGUAUGUGCCUGGCAAUAAAGUCAUUUUUAGACUUUAAUCUAUUUUGGCAGUAUGUGAAGGUUUGACAUAAUUGGUCUUGUUUGUGCAUAACUGCAGGCUUGUUUUGGGGAGAAAAGGUACCACUCAUGGGGAUGGAAAAAGGAGAGAAUGAGAACAGGCAAUGAUGGCUUUUCCUUCUGGUCAGGGAAAGGAAUGGGAGAAGGGAGAAUCCAUUGUUCAGCAUAAAUUAAGCUGAAUCUUACUCAGAAUGUGUUGGCUGUUACUAAGACAGGGUGAAGUUUGCAUUCAGACAAAAACGCUACAUGAGUCGCUUGAAAGUGCCUUCUGCUUUACAGCAAUGUUUCCUUAUUUUCCAAGAAAUGAUAAGAAAGCUAUUGCCGCAAACGUUUUGUACAGCAGCACUGAUUCCGCAUCCUUCCCCGACAAGGUCUUUAGAUCACCUUCCCAACCGUGGUGCUAUAAGCCAAAAUGUUUGAUUGUUCUUCCUUCCUUAGAUAAGUCAUGCUCUGAAAUAACCAUAGGGAUGCAGAUUCACCUUUGCCAGUGCUCCUGCUGCUUCACUCACUUUUGAAUUUUCUUACAGCUACAUUGCCAUUUCUUAGGGCUCAGAAGUCACUGACUCAGUCACAGCUCUUUUUUUCCUCUUAAAUUUCAGUAUUUGUUCUAAUAUCACAAGAUUUAAAAGGAAACACAGAGAUGUUUUAGUGGACCUAUCUAAGAAUUGUUUAGCAACCAUAGGAAAGGUGCACGCUCUGAGUUGUGUCAAGUAAAAAAAAUAAAAAAACGUAACCUUUAAGUGGUCACUAGAAAGUAGGCUUUCUUGUUGGCUGGUUUGCACAGGGUCUUUCUGUAACAUCUAGCUUCUGGAGGGCAAGAAGCUGCUUUUCUAUCCCAUUUCAUUUUCUUCUUUAUUGCUAUCCUGCUUUUUUUCUCCUUACUACUUGUUUCCUCCCCUGUUACUUUGAGAAAGAGUAAUGCAAUAAAUGGGCUCAGUAUAUCCCAGCAUUUAGGGUGGCCUUUUGCCCAUGUUCUGGAAUGUGAGCUUCUUGGUCUUGGUUUGUUUUGUGUUCAGAGCUGUACUCUUUCUGACUUUUCACAAUUUGUCUUUCAAACUAAUGCUGUGAACCAAGAAAAAAAAAGAUGAGAGCACGUGGAAAAGUUUAUUAGGUAUGUUGAGGAUUAACGUACAGUGGAUUAAAAGAAAAAAAGAUGAAAGAUAUUUCUGAUGCCGAGAACAUCUGUGUAUCAAGUUGUACUGAAUAUCCCAUUUGGCUAUUUUAGAUAUUUAGGUUUACUUAGAAAUGUGACUUUAUUUUGAGAGGGAGCCACAAACAUUGUAUAUUUGGGCAGUUGUUCCAGUUUUGUGAUGUGAGGUGGCAAUGGCAUGUUGGGCAUUACAAUAAUUUAACUCUUGGUAAUUUUUUCUAGAAGGAUACCUGGUACAAUUAUCCCUAGAGACCUUUUUUUCUAGAUUUCAUUCCAUUUGAGAAUCACUGAUAUUAAGAAUAUAAAAAAUGCUAAUCUCCACCCUUCCCUCAGCAGUUUGAAAUGCAGAAAAUGAAUCAAGUGUCUGGAUCCUUGUGAGAUAGAUAGAUACCAGCUUAUAGCAUAAUUUCAGUAAGGUCUUCAUUUAUCUUGGUAAUUGUCAUUCUUCUGUAUAUCAUACAAUUCCUCUUUAGACCUUAGGACUCUGCAAAUUAGUAGUAGGGUUUUUUUUUCACCUAUCAGAUUUUUAGCUAAAUUAAAUAUUUGAUCUUGUUACCUGUAUUCACAUCUAGUUCCCCAGAAUUUCAUAUUCUUUCAGCUGGAAUCCCACAAACUUUGGUAUAACAAAUUAACCUAUUACAGGCAGAUUCCUCCCCCCAAUAUAACCUAAGAUAUUGCUGUGCUCUUCUUGUCUUUAAAAUUGCCCCAAAAGAGGAAUAUAUACUAGUGCUUAAUGGAGCGGAAAGGAGAAACCUGGAAGCUUUCCUGCUCCAGUUAGUACUUUCUUGCUCAGUGCAUGCUCCUCCACAGAUGAUGCAGUCACUGCUAAAAAGCUGCCACAGAUAGCUUGGCAAUGGCUUUGCGCCAGCUGGUACUAUAAGUCAAAUAUUUAUCUUGCCACAGAGUGUAUUUCAUUGGAGAUAGCAUGUUUAUCUCUUCCUAUUCUGGAAAAAUGGGUUUAUAAUAAACAGAUCUGUCCAAGAUAGUUGGUCACUUUUCAAGAUAGAUGUUUCAUCUUCUAUUCACAUGAGUAAACACUAACAUAGAAGAGUUGCAUCUCUAGUUCUGGUUUGGUAUCUCUUGUAAUAGAGGUCAAUGUUUGCAUGCAAUAGAUCCCUAAUCUGAGUACAGAGUGUGUGUGUGUGUCUCAUGGCUUCUGUUCCUGGCUCAGCAAAUGGAUUCCUGUCACCUUUGCAAAGUUGUUUCAGCAGUCCUGCUACAAUUUUUUUUUCCAGUUUUGCACAGUGAUGCCAUAAGGCUUCAUGUCUGUCUGUUGCUUUGAGAUUUAACACUGCAAGAUGCGAUUUAGAUAGAAUUCACUCUGUUUAUUCUCCAAGACAGACAUGAACUUGAAAAUUUGCUAAAACUCAAAAUUUGAUCCUUGUAGAUACACCAGUGCACACCACUUGUAAAUACAAAAAAUGAAUUUUGAACUAUCAUGGUUGUUUUUAAUGUUUGACACAUUCCUGUUUUGCUUGUUCUUAGCUUCUUGCCAGCCUAGUUGUAAAAUGCUUGUACAGGCAUUUUAGAUUUUUUUUUUUUUCUUUUUGCCUCACCACUGGUUAUUAGUUUCAGACUUUAUGUGAAUGCUUUUGUGUUGAGAGAUUUCACAAUUUAUGUACAAAUGCUUGUGUGCACUCAAAUGAUCCGUAUGAGAAAACUCAGGCAUCCUUGUUGUGAGAACAAAGAAUCACAACAUAUGCAAUGGAAAGUGCGUUGUGCUAUGUAUGUGCACCAUACCAUUUUCCAGUGUGCUGAACAUUCACAGGUGAGGAAAGUUCAGAUGCUGGAUUCACAGUGUAUGCGUUCUUCAGAGUUUGUGCGGGCAGAGUACCUCUGGAUGGAGACUUUCAAGAAGAGAACUUGAGGUGGCCCCAUUGCUGCUGCAAGUUAGUGUAGCUCUGGCAGUAGUGAUGCAACUAUGCAGAUAGUAUCACCUAUAUUGACUACUCAACUGCAUUCUCAGUCCAGUGCCAACCAGCGCUUGAGUAGCGUGGAUAAUUAAGAAGCUUAAAACACAGGCAGGUUCAAGUCCUGAACUACAGUUGGAGCAUAGGUGUAUCUUCCAGUGCUCCCAUGGAACAGAUACUACUAUAGUCAGUAAUAAGAUAAUCAUUUUAAAUGCUGGGUGACGGCAGCUAUGAUGGGUAAGGCAACUGUCAUGGUCAUGUUGUGGCCAUAUUUGUGAACACAAAGAUCAUGUGGCAGUAGUGUUUGGCUAUGUUUCAUACAUUGCAAAAUGUUGCUCUGAAGGGCUGGAGGAACAAAUGCUAGAGAUCAUAUUAUGUUUUAAACAAGUAUCGAUUUGAAUUAGUGUUUUGAGUUGCUCCACUCUGUUUUCAAGUCGACUGCAAAAGUAGUGGAAGACUCAUUUUGCUGCUCUGUGUUAAUAUUUGCCAUGUUAAUACCAGGAAGCAGGGAUGUAGCCUCAGUGUUGGUAAGUCUUGAGCCCUUACGGGCUCAAUAUGAGCUUAUCUUAAGUUCCAGUAGUUGUUGCCUCCCAGCAACACAGAAAUAGAAUGUACAAUGGUCAAAAUCACUUCUUGUGGUGUCCUCAUCUUAUGAUUAUUCAUCAUUUAUCAGAAAAUGUGCUUUUGCACCACAUGCCAUUGUCUUAAAGAUAGGGCUUUUGUCCCAUGUGCAAAGAUCAUGUUGGGUAAACGAAGCCAACAAAAAAAUUGUGUUCUUUUUAUAGUACAAACUGUUCUUAGCCAUAAUGCUUAUCAGGCCUGUUUAUUACCAAAAUGUUAAUUCUGUACUCUUUUCAAGUAUUUAGUCUUUGCAGUUUUGCUGCUUGAUAAAAAUUCUUCUUUCAGUACUUGACAUAAUUGUAACUAUUCUAAUGAACUUCUGUUCCUUGAAGUAAUUUGCCUGAUCUCUUCCUGGGCUUUUUUGUGCUUAGUUUGUUCUUUCCUUUCGCAGGGGAAAUAACCACUGCACUGCCACGUCACUAUUUAAUUCAAACUAUUGCAUUAUCUGGUUCUUUUGAAUUCAGAAUAUGAAAAGGAGCAGUGACAAUCCAAAAGUUGGAAGAGAUGUUUGAGUAAAAUGUUCUUUUGUGAAAUGUGAUAUUUUUUAAAUGGUAAAAUAGCAAAGUAUUAACUAAAACAGAUGUGUAUGUGAUAUAGAUUUGUUCUCCAAACUCUGUUGAAAACAGGAUACUUGCAAAUACAGAGUAGGUAUUCAUGCUGUGGUAUGCUCUCCUUUCUUCAGUUACUAAAGACAGCUGCUUCUAGAAACUGCUGUCCACUGAAAGGAAGGGGAAUAGUUUAAAUCCUGUCAUUAAAGUAACUUGUUUAAGUUUCUCUGAGAUGUUUAGUACUUCAGGGCUCAGGGACACGGUCUAGAUGCCAUAGCUUAAUACUGUCUGCUUCUCUGGUCCUUCGUGGAGCAGUAGCAGGUUAUUUAGGGGAGCUUUGCCAGUGGUGAGGCGAGUAGAGGGUUACAUCACCUCUCACUGGCUGAGAGCUGAGGAUGUUGAGAAAGUUAGUGUAGUUCAGCUGAUGCCCAGUAAUUUAGGUGCCCGUAACCAAGAACUAAGGUUCCCGUAACUCCGUCUAAGCCUGGAGUGAGCUUGUGUUCUCCCAGUGCAAGCAGUCAAACUGUGCCAUAGUAUCGUGGUUUAUAUUUCCAAAGUGUGUUAACAUCAGCAAGUGAUACAGAGUAAUUAAGUCAACACCUUCAAGUUUGAAUGUCUGCCGUCAGCACUUUUCUCAGCCCCUUACAUUGUGUUGAUUUACAAGCAUUGCCUAGUCUUGAAACUGAGUUUAUAGUGCUUUACCGUUGCUAAAACUGCGUUGAGCCAACUUUUAUGCUUAUUGAUAUUUCAAUGUCUGCGCUUUCAGCUCUAGACAGCUGAAGUUUUGAAGGGAAUACUUAUUUCUCAGAAAAGCAGCCUUAUUUAGAUUUUCUGGGUCUAUCGUUACUAUCCUCAGAGUGUAGUGCUGUCCUAUCCAAAGGUAAGAUCUACACUGUUUUCACUGUUAUAUAAAAAGUCUAAUGGAGUUUGCAGAAGUAAUACAUUUUGUAAUCAUGGAAAGAUUAUGAAAUGGUAUUCAGAAAUGUCAGAGUGCAUGAGAAUAAGAUUAAAAUCAAGGUAAAUGCUCUGGGAUGCCCACGUGGAACAUAACUGAACUAAAAACAAUACCUUAUUCUGAAAGGAGACCUUGAAAGAUUUUCUGAAAUGAAACGAUAGCAAUUUAUAUUACAACGUAACAGAAAUACAAGAAAUACCUUCUUACUCUUAAUUCUUACAAGUGAACACAGCACACUUCUGGAAUCAGUCUUUUCAUGGUGGAUGUUUCCUGAGUCUGGGACAUGGGCUUUAGGCUGUAUUUCUGUUACUCUCUGUAGUUCAAGCAAUUAGCUGAUUUUUGGAGCCUGGAGGGGUUUUAGUUUUUGUUUCCUUUACUUGUUUGUUUGUUUGUUUCCUUUUUGGAGUAGAAACUGAUGCUAGAGUCAGUAGUUUUUGAGAUGCAAACUUUUUUGAUUUUUAAAAAACGUGUUUACAAGAUCCCCUGAACAUGCAAAAGAACAGCAGAGGACAGUGUCUUUAAUUUUAAAGCUUUUUUCUAACUAGCAUACUUCCCAGAAACUCUUAUAUCCAGCUGCCUUCAUAGUUUGCUGCCUUCACUGACUGCUUCUUUCUCCCAUGGGCUUUACAGUUCCCUCAAACACUCUCCCUGCAUUCGCUUCAUCUCCAGCGAAUUUUAUUCAUCUACGUAGCUUGGAUCACCAAUAGGCCCCGAGUCCAGCUUAUAUUUUGGGAAUGCAUCUAUUUCUGCUUUUGCUUUUCUUCUUCAAGGGCUCAGUUGCUUUUCACUUCUCUUGACAAGACAGAAUCUGCUGUUCUUGAGCUUCAACAAGAUUUCGCCCUGUCCGCAUCACUUUGCUUUGGUGUGUGGUGAGACGCAGGAAGUAAGAGCAAAUCAUUUCUGGUGAAUGUGGACUCAGUUUAGAUUUUGCUGAUUUUUUUUCACCUCUUUUUCUGUACACACUGCCAGUUCUCUGUCUGGAAGUACUGUUUUGAUCAAAGCGAAGGAUGAUCCUGAAUAUAAGCUGAGCAGGUGCCAAUUGUUCUGGUAUACUGUGGUGGGGGGAGACAUUUGAUCUUGAAUAGAGACCCUGUCCUUUCUCCCUCUUCCAUCCUUCACCCUCCCCUUGCAUGUUCCCGUUGCCCUAGCCCUGGGCUCCCAGCUGUGCCUCCCUGCAGGGUCUGUCCCUCCCUCCACAGUCCAGCUUCCCUGGUGCUGUGAAGCAAGCACAGAAACCUUUGUCCUGCAUGGGGCAUGGGUGCUGCCAAGCAGUUGAUCUAAUGCAUCCUUUAUCUCGGGGGGGGGGGGGGAGGGGGCAACUUCCAAGCAUGAAUAUAAAGUAAAAUUCAAAUUUAUAAUGAAGUACAUUUUUAGGGUGGAUUUCCUUUGCUUUAUAUUCUGAUAAAGAACUUUUUUCCUAAUUAUAACAGUAUAUAGUUGCUGUAGGUAGUGUGACUAUAACUUAGAAAAAAGACAGCUUCACAUGUCUCUUCGUGUCGACCAAUUUUUCCAACAAGCUUCUCCAUGCAGUCCUUCCACAUUGCAUAGAAAAUUUGCCCAUCCUUUCCUAAGCAGUAUGUUAAAUUAUCAUUGCUGUAUUGAUAAAGUUGCCACUGCACAUUGCAAUACUUUAGCAUCCCAGAACUGUAUCCUGUGCCUGGUUGGUCACAUUCCUGCUGCACUUCUUGCCUGCACUGGAAUGCACCUGGCAGCAAAAGCUGGAAAACGUUUGCUCUGAAUGGUUUGAGCUACUCGGGGAACACUGUCAUGGUCCAUGUUGCGAGUGCUCUGCUGGCUCUGAGUGCUGUUGAUCAGUUAUAAUUUUCUCAUGCCAUCUACUUCUGUUACUGUCUUGAUGCAAAACUACCGAACAAGUUAUUGUGAUGCUAUCUACGGUUUGGAUUUUUACUAGUAGGUCCACUAGUCUGUAGAUGUGGCCCAAGUUCGUGCUGUUAGUUUAAGGUAAAAGUGAGGUAACUCACUUCUCACUAAAGGUGGGCUGGCUAUGUCGCAUCUAAUGUGGGCAAAAGCAUAUAGAUAGGGGCAGCUUCUGGGGAAUCCUUCAUGUGCCACUGCUUGCCUCCUGGUAACUGGGUUUUGUUGCCAUGUCCUCAGAUAAAUUCUUGGAUGCUUUUUCUCUAAUUUGUGCAUGUUCUGCUCCCAUUCCUUCAGCUUAGUCUUGUAGUGAUGGGGAUAUAGGCACACAUGCACAAGUGCACAUGUGUGUAAACACAUAUGUGUUUGUGUAUAUGUGUGUAUAUAUAUACAUGUAUAUACGCACGCUUAUGGUAGGGCCAAGUUUAUCCUGAAUUUCUUCCUGGACAGAAACACUUGUAGCAUGAUGGGUUUUUCUCUCUAGCUUUUGUGAAUAAGUCUGUUUCAUUGCCUUUAAAGGAGUUUGUGUUCACCAUCAGUGUUUCCAUGUUGGUAUUUUUAUCUGCGUUACUCCACUUCUUGUACUGAGUCUGAUCUUUGUCUUUAGGCUACUUUUAAAUAAUUUGAUUGUCACUUUUCUGCAUGCUUGUAUUGUGAUUCAUUUUGCUUUUGUGUACAGAUCUAUAUCUACCACAGUAACAAAAGAUUGUGUAUAUUAUGUGAAAAGUAGCAGACUUCUGUUGAACCUCUUGUACUGAAAUGGCAUGAAUUUACUACCAAAUAAAUAAAAUUAAUAGGCUCCCUGAUACAGA